AGAGCAACAAGAGAAGUAAUCAAACCAAGGAACAGUGCACUCUGCAGUAAUUGUUCAGUCUGAAGAGGAAAAAGUCCAUGAUCUGAUUUAAAACAUUUAUUAGAAUUGCUUGGUGGAUUUUUGGGUUAAAGAUGUUGACUGGACCUUACAUAAAUGUUGAAAGUGUGGUGGAGCAGCUGAUCCCAGAACUGAGUCUGUUACUGAAAUUAUUGGACCAUGAGUACCUGAGUGCCACGACCCGAGAGAAGACAGUGACAGUAAGCAGCAUGUUGCAGAGACUUCAACCACCAUCUGUUUCUGAGACUAACUAUAUGUAUAUGAACACAUCAGAUUGUCGGAAUGGGACAAGCUUUGUAGAAUCCUUAUUCGAGGAUUUUGAUUGUGAACUAUGUGACCUUAAAGACAUGCAGGAGGAGCGUAAGGAUGGAAACCAGAUUGAGAUGCCUUCACAGGAAACUCCCCAUUCCAAAUCGGGAAUAUCUGAUACACCACCUCCUCUACCCACAACACCACCACCUGAAGAUUAUUAUGAAGAAGCUGUACCGUUAAGCCCAGGAAAAGUUCCUGAGUACAUCACCUCCCGCAACAGUUCCAGUCCACCAAACUCUAUUGAGGAUGGCUACUAUGAAGAUGCUGACAAUAAUUACCCACUUACCAGGAUAAUUGGAGAACAUAAGCAUUCAUACAAUGACUCGGAUGUAAUGAGCAGCGCAUAUGAAUCAUAUGAUGAAGAGGAGGAAGAUGGGAAAGGUCAACGGUUGACCCAUCAGUGGCCAUCAGAGGAAGCCUCCAUGGACUUGGUGAAAGAUUGCAAAAUCUGUGCCUUUCUACUGAAGAAGAAGCGCUUUGGGCAGUGGGCCAAGCAGCUCUGUGUCAUUAAGGAAAACAGACUUCUGUGUUACAAGAGCUCCAAAGACCAUCAGCCUCACAUGGAACUACCACUCAAUGUGUGCAAUGUUAUUUAUGUGCCUAAAGACGGUCGGCGCAAAAAACAUGAACUAAGGUUCUCCCAACCAGGAACAGAGGCACUGGUAUUAGCUGUACAAAGCAAAGAGCAAGCAGAAGAAUGGUUAAAGAUAAUUAGGGAAAUAUGCAGUCAGUGCAGUGGACCUGAGGGAUCAACAUCACCACUUCUACCAAAAUUAGAAUUGGAAAAGAGAUUAUCAAAUGAAAAACAGGCCUCAGAUGCUGAGAGUGUAGUGAUAGGGGAUAAUGGAUCGCCACUUAAUGGCAGAGAAAGUAGAGAACAUGUGAAAGGGAAGAGAAGUGGCUUAGCCGAACUGAAAGGCACAGUUAGCAAGGCUGCAGGGAGGAAGAUCACGCGCAUCAUAAGUUUGGCUAAGAAGAAGCAAGCUUCCGAAGAACAGACUUCUUCAACAGAAGAGGACAUUCCAUGCUGUGGUUACCUGAAUGUAAUGGUUAACAACUACUGGAGAGAGCGUUGGUGUCGGCUAAUGGGCAAUACACUCUACUUCCACAAGGACAGAACAGAUCUAAGGACACACAUUAACUCCAUUCUGCUGCAGGGAUGUGAGGUGAUACCAGGAUUUGGACCAAAGCAUCCCUUUGCUUUUCGGAUUCUUCGAAAAGGACAUGACAUUUGUGUGUUAGAGACAAGCUGUUCUGAGGAGAUGGGUAGGUGGCUGGGACUUCUACUUGCUGAGACAGGCUCCAAUACAAAACCAGAGGCUUUGCAUUAUGACUACGUGGAUGUGGAAACAAUAGCAAACAUAAUGGAUGCUGUUAGACAUUCUUUCUGGUGGGCAGCCUCCUCAAGUAAUUCAGCACUUUAUCUAUAUGAUUCCAGAACAUAUGAUGAUGUACCAUAUGAGAAAGUCCAGGGUGAAGAGCAGAAGCGGCCUGUCACUUCUCAAGUAAAGCGCCAAGCUUCCAUGUCAAAUGAUGCCUCACAGAGAAGUAAUUUUCAAAAUAAAAUUAAACGCCAUGGCUCAAAUGCAAAUCAGUCCAAAUAUGGGAAGACACGAGCAGAAGAAGAUGCAAAGAGAUGGCUAACCGAUCAAGAGACACUUGAAAAUCAGAAAGAUUCAAUCCGCAGAGAACUGAUACAGCUCCGCACAGAGAAGAAAGAGUUCCGUGAAGCCCUGAAAGCACUCAAAGGUGAAGAUGAUGCAGUGCUAUCACCAUCAAUGUCACUGGAAAGGAAAAGGGGUAAAAAAUCUCAAAUUGCUCUAGAAGAGAAAAUCAGAUUAUUGGAAGAAAAAUGUAAAGAUAAAGAGGCUGAACGAGUGGAAGUGGAACUCAAAUUAACUCAAGUAAAGGAGAAUCUGAGGAAAGCCAUUGCAAGGGGAGCAGAAAUUAAUUCAUCCGUUGACUCCAAAUCAGACACUUCUGGUCUGCAGGGUGAGAAUAGUUAUACAGAACAUCAUUUCCUUCCUGUGAACUGUGCUUCAGAAAUGAGAAGGAGAGCUCCCACCAUGAUAUCUUCCAGUAAAGGAUGUGUCUUACAAAAGGCCAAGGAAUGGGAGAAAAAGACAGGAACAUGAAAUGGAUUGAGGAAUGCGAAUGCAAAGAAUUAUUUAUUAAAAUGGUAAAAAGUAAUAAAUUUGAAGUUUUUUAGGAUGUGGCAAAUGCAAGAUCUUCCUGUUCCUCCAGAAACAGCAAAUGGGAGCAUGUUCAGAAGAUGGAAUGCUAUAGGAUAGAUGUCUUAUUAUAUUUCAAUACCAAAAUUUUACUUCAGAUUGUGUGAUUCAGAAUGUCUCCAGUAUUCACAGAAUUCAUUCCUUUAUCUUGUAGUGACUAUUCCAAUGAAGACUGGAAUGAAAAUCUAAUAUACUCAAACAUUACUCAAAGACAAAUUCCUAUUUAUAAAAUUGUACAUUUGCGAUAGUAGAUGCCUUCAGGAAUAAUCAACAAUUGAACAAAUGAUUUAGCCUGACAAGAAUGGAUGAUCAUGGUCGGACUAGUCUUUAAUAUGGUUAGGUUCAUUGUUAUAAAAGAUUUUUUAAAAAAAAUAACACUGACUCUUUUGUAUAAGCUGUGAACUUCCAUAACUACGAGCACUGCUCAGUUAAUGGAAUAAAAAAAAAUUUGGAGUGUCUGAAAUUCAUUUGGGACAUCAAUGCACAAUUCAUUCCCAAACAUAACUACAUCAUGGUGGUAUUUCACUCUAACCUCCCUUUCCUGCCCAAGGAUCUUGAUACUGUGAUUUAUUAUGACAUUAACAUCUGCAACCUUAAAUCCCUUUCUUAACAGCAACUGCAUCAAAGUUAGUCUUGGGGUUGUUUGUCCCACAAUACUACAAAGUAAAUUUCUUCUAAUAUCUGUUUUUUUAAGCAUGUAGGUAUAAUAUUAUCAAGCUCUGUCAGCCUGGACCAAGCUAAUAACACUGCUUUUACCCUAUCGUACAUAAUUUAUGAUUCUGAUAUCAGAUUUCCUUAAAGACUUCUUCCUUCCAAUGAAAAAAGGAAUUAGUCACUCAAGUCAGUGUUCAUAUCUCAAUUAGAUCAAUGGGUUACAUAGACCAAUCACAGCCUGAUCACUAAAGCUACAAGUAAUCCCAUGAGCACUUUGUCAAUACCAUGUCACAGAGGUCCUGAAUUUAAAAAAAAAGUUUGGUGCUUCGUAAGAUUAUGAAUAAUUUGAAGUAAUGUGGUGUAUCAAUACUUGGCACUUGUGGACAUGGCGUGGCUAUGAUUACUGUAAACAAAUAUAUACUGUAUUUAAAAUAAAACAUCACAGGAGAAUCAAAGCAAAAUAAUAAUACCAAACCACCUAAAGAGAAUAGAUUAGAUUAGAUGAUAUGAUAAAAGACUUGGUCAAAAUAGUAUAUUAAAUAGAGAAGUAAAGAGAAUUCCAGAGCUUUAGGUCCUGAGCAACUGGAAUUGUAAGCACAACUGAUGGAACAAUGCUCAAGAAACCAGGUUAGAUGACUGUAAAUCUCAGAAUUGUGGAGCUAGAGAAGGUUAUAAAAGAGAGACAAGGAGUUGUUGCUACUACCAUGAUGCUGCCAUUUGGCAAAAGGCUAAACUAGAUGGGGUUUAAUCUAAUAUCACCAGAUAAAAGCCAGAAUAAAAUCAAUUAAUUGUGAACCUUAAAAAGUUUAAGUGUGAAAAAAGAUUUUUGAAAAAAUUGUAGCUAUUCCUUCAGUUCUUUGUUUUCUAUUUUGAGAAGCUGCAGGAUUCAAAAAUUGUGUUAUUCUUGCAAUCUUCAAUAUUUAACAUCAUUUCUGAGACUUUAAUGCUAUUAACAUUAAAAUAUUACUGGUCAAAACAAAAUAUGCUGAAAAACAUUUUUGUUUAAAGUAUUUUUUGAACAAAUUUCUAAUUUUCAAUACUUGGAUCAGAGCGACAAAUGUUUCCUUAAAAUGCAUUUUUAAAAGCAGUUUGUAAAUAAAUUGAAUCAAUUUGCAAUGGGUUUAUGUUUCAAAUGAGAAUUACCAUGUUUUCCUAACUAACUCUCCACUUACCUUAUUUACAGGAUAUUAGUGGUGUCUGUUCAUUCAUUUCAUUUUAUAGUGAAUUCUUCUAUGUGUACUUGUAUACAAGUAGUAACCAAUGCUGUCGACAGUUUUUACUGAUAUUUCUUUCCAGUUGACUGAUUUGAUAUUCAGUCAUGUACAAUUCGAUUGUCAGCAGUGUUCAAACUUGCAACAAUUACUGUUUAAUUUGUAAGCACUUUAAAGGAUAUGAUUCUCCAUAUAUUUAAAGUACUAAUAAACAGUUUUCUUAAUUAACA